AUGUUGGCUUCCCCAGAACCUAAGGGCCUAGUCCCUUUUACCAAAGAAUCUCUUGAACUUAUGAAACAGCGUAUUGCUAAAAAGCACAAUGAGGAGCACAAAGAAGACUUACAGCCAAAUGUUGACUUGGAAGUUGGCAAAGAGCUUCCAUUUGCUUAUGGAAACCUUUCUCCAGGAAUGGUGUCAGCACCCUUGGAAGAUGUGGACCCAUACUACAAUAAAAAUACAUUCAUGGUAUUAAAUAAAAAGAGAACAAUCUUUAGAUUCAAUACCACUUCCACCUGGUGUACUUUGUCACCUUUCAGUUCUAUUAGAAGGACAACUAUUAAGGUUUUGGUACAUCCCUUUUUCCGACUGUUAAUUUUAAUUAGCGUACUGACUGACUGCAUACUUAUGACCAUGACUGAUUUUGUGGAUUGGAAAGCAAUAUUAGAGAAUGCUUUGCUUGGAAUUUACACAUUUGAAAUACUUGUGAAACUCAUUGCGAGAGGCAUCUGGGCAGGACCUUUUUCUUUUGUUGGUGAUCCAUGGAACUGGCUUGAUUUCAGUGUCACUUUGUUUGAGUUUAUAACAAGGUAUUUACUUCCAGGCUUCACUUCAAUACUUAAUAUUGCAAGAACUUUGAGGAUUUUGAAAAUUAUACCUUUAAAUAAAGGUCAAAGGUCUCUUGUAGGGAACCUGAGCCAUUGUGUGAAGAAACUUACUGGUGUCAUUUUGCUAACUCUGCUUUUUCUGAGCAUAUUUUCUCUAAUUGGGAUGGGGCUCUUCAUGGGCAACCUGAAGCAUAAGUGUUUGCGGUGGCCCCAAGAAAAUGAAAAUGAAACACUGCACAACAGAACUGGAAGCCUAUAUGAUAUUCGAGAGGUGGAAAGCUUUUAUUACUUGGAAGGAGAAAGAGAUGCUCUCCUUUGUGGCAACAGAACAGAUGCUAGUCAGUGUCCUGAAGGCUACAUGUGUGUAAAAGCUGGCAGAAACCCUGAUUUUGGCUACACAAAUUUUGACAAUUUUGGCUGGGCCUUAUUUGCCCUGUUUCGAUUAAUGACUCAGGACUAUCCCGAAGCACUUUAUCACCAGAUCCUUUAUGCUUCUGGGAAGAUCUACAUGAUAUUUUUUGUUGUGGUAAGUUUUUGGUUUGCCUUUUAUUUGGCAAGUUUGUUCUUGAGCAUACUUGCUAUGGCCUAUGAAGAAGAAAAGCAAACACAUACUGAAAAAGCUAAGAAGAUUGAACCAAAGUAUCAACAGACUUUAAAAGAACUUCAAGAAGGAAAAGGAGCAGCUAAGACCAAGACCACACAAAUAGAAAUGAAGAAAAUAUCAUCAACUACUAUGAGCACAUCUGUGGAUAUGUUGGAUGAUGCUACUCUCAGAAAUAAAAAAGAAGUUAAAGAUUCCAGGAAGAAAUGUCCUUUUUGUUGCUAUAGAUUUGCUAAAAUUUUCUUGAUCUGGAAUUGUUCUCCCUGUUGGUUAAAAUUGAAAGACUUUAUCCAUAUGAUUAUAAUGGACCCAUUUACUGAUCUUGCUCUUAUCAUAUGCAUAAUUUUAAACACACUAUUUUUGGCAUUGCAAUAUUAUCCACUGAGUGUGAAAAUGGACAAUGUUCUCGCCAUUGGAAACAUGGUUUUCAUUGGAAUUUUCACAGCAGAAAUGAUUUUUAAAAUAAUUGCUAUGCAUCCAUAUGGGUAUUUCCAAGUAGGUUGGAACAUAUUUGAUAGCCUAAUUGUGUUCCAUGGUUUAGCCGAACUUUGCCUAAUGAAUGUUAGAGGAUUUGCUCUUUUGCAACCAUUCAGUCUGCUGCGAAUUUUCAAGCUGGGGAAAUAUUGGCCAACAUUUAGGAGUCUAAUGUGGACUCUUAGUACCUCGUUGGUGGCCCUGAAAAACUUGAUCCUGCUAUUGUUCAUGUUCACUGUCUUCUCUGCUGUGCUUGGGUUGAAGAUCUUUGGUGCAAGUUACAAAAACUGUGUUUGCAGUAUAGACCAAGACUGUCAGCCCCCACGCUGGCAUAUGCAUGACUUCUUCCACUCCUACCUGAAUGUGUUCCGGAUUCUUUGUGGAGAAUGGAUAGAGACCUUAUGGGAGUGCUUGGAGGUGGCAAACCGAAUCACAUGUAUUCCUUUUUACAUGAUGGUUAUUUUAAUUGGAAACUUACUGAUAUUUUACCUGUUUUUGGCUUUGGUGAGCUCAUUCUGUUCAUACAAGUCUACAACCAUUGAAAACAACAAAGAAGCAAAAAAUGUCCAGCUUGCAGUGGCAAGGAUUAAAAAAGGAAUAAAUUAUGUUCUUUUAAAAACAUUAUGCAAGAAACAAAAUGCUAAGAAGGAGAAAUUGGAAAAUAUAAAUGAUACAUAUAUUAAAGACACUAUUUCUGACAACACCCUUUCUGAAUUGAGCAACACUCAAGAUUUCCUCAAGGAUAAGGAAAAAAGCAGUGGCACAGAGAAGAACACAAUGACUGAAAAUGAGAAUCAAUCACUUAUUCCCAGUCCUAGUGUCUCAGAAACUGUACCAAUUGCUUCAGGAGAAUCUGAUAUAGAAAACCUAGAUAAUAAGGAAAUUCAGAGCAAGUCAGCUGAUGGAAGCAGCAAAGAGAAAGUAAAACAAUCUAGCUCAUCAGAAUGCAGUACAGUCGAUAUUGCUAUCUCUGAAGAAGAAGAAAUGGUCUAUGAACAUGAGAAGACAAAGCAUCUUAAAAAUGGUCAUGAACGGAGAUCUUCACCCAGUCAAAUCAGUAGAGAGUCCAAAAAAGGAAAAAUUUGGAAGAACAUAAGGAAAACUUGCUGCAAGAUAGUAGAAAACAGUUGGUUUAAGUGUUUUAUUGGGCUAGUCACACUGCUCAGCACUGGUGCUCUGGCUUUUGAAGAUAUAUAUAUCAAUCAGAGAAAGACUAUUAAAAUCUUAUUAGAAUAUGCUGACAUGAUCUUCACAUAUAUCUUCAUUCUGGAAAUGCUUCUAAAGUGGAUGGCAUAUGGUUUUAAAGCUUAUUUCACUAAUGCCUGGUACAGGCUGGACUUCAUGGUUGUUAUUGUCUUUUGUCUUAGCUUAAUAGGCAAAUCUCAAGAAGAUCUAAAACCACUUAUAUCUAUUAAAUUCCUACGGGCACUCAGAGUUCUAUCUCAAUUUGAAAGAAUGAAGGUGGUUGUAAGAGCUUUGAUAAAAACAACCCUACCCACUGUAAAUGUGUUUCUCAUCUGCCUUAUGAUCUGGCUGGCGUUCAGCAUCCUGGGAGUACACUUAUUUGCUGGCAAGUUCUAUGAAUGCAUUGAUCCAACAAGCGGAGAAAGGUUUCCUCUAUCUGAAGUUAUUAAUAAGAGUCAGUGUGAAAGCCUUGUGUUUAAUGAACCCAUGCCAUGGGAGAAUGCAGAACUGAACUUUGAUAAUGUUGGAAAUGGUUUCCUUUCAUUGUUUCAAGUUGCAACAUUUAAUGGAUGGAUUACGAUUAUGAAUUCAGCAGUUGAUUCUAUUGAUGUAGAAAUGCAACCUAAUUUUGAAGACAACAUCUAUAUGUAUUGUUACUUUACCAACUUUAUUAUCUUUGGACUAUUUCUCCCCCUGAGUAUGCUGAUUGGUUCCAUUGUUGCUAAUUUCAACAAGCACAAAAUGAAGCAGGGAGGGUCAAAUAUCUUUAUAACAGUAAAACAGAAGAAACUGUGCCGUGGCCUGAAGAAGCUGAUGUCUGAAGACUCUCAAAAUCCAAUACCUCGCCCAGCAAACAAGUUUCAAGGAUUCAUCUUUGGCCUGGUGAUGAACAAAAUUUUUAGUAUCAUCAUCAUGGUUCUUAUCUUUGCACAUGCACUGAUCCUUAUGAUGGAAAGUGAGGAUGAGAGUCCACAAAUGGAGAUUGCUUUGUACUGGAUUAACACAAUUUUUGUUUUGCUGUACACUGGAGAAUGUUUACUGAAGCUCAUCUCUUUCCGUUGUUACUAUUUCACCAUUGGAUGGAAUAUUUUUGAUUUUAUGGUGGUCAUUUUCUCUAUUACAGGACUAUUUCUACCUAUAAUGGUAGGAUACUACCUUGUAUCUCCUUCCCUUGUCCAACUGAUACUUCUCUCCCGGAUCAUCCACAUACUGCGUCUUGGGAAAGGACCAGAAGCGUUCCAUAAUCUACUGCUUCCUUUGAUGCUGUCCCUCCCAGCAUUGCUAAACCUCAGUCUUCUCAUAUUCCUGCUCAUGUUUGUUUAUGCCAUCUUUGGAAUGUACAACUUUGCCUAUGUUAAAAAGGAAGCAGGAAUCAAUGAUGUAUCCAACUUUGAAACUUUUGGCAGCAGUAUACUUUGCAUUUUUCAGGUUACCAUAGUUGCUGGUUGGGAUGGGAUGCUUAGUGCAAUUUUCAACAGUAAAUGGUCAGAUUGUGAUCCUGAUAAAAUUAACCCUGGGACUCAGAUUAAAGGAGAUUGUGGUAACCCUUAUAUAGGGAUUAUCUAUUUUGUCAGUUAUAUCCUCAUAUCAUGGCUGAUCAUUAUAAAUAUGUACAUUGUUGUUAUCAUGGAGUUCUUUAAUAUUGUUUCUAAAAAACAAGCCAAGACUUUGAGUGAAGAUGAUUUCAGGAAGUUUUUUCAGGUGUGGAAGAGGUUUGAUCCUGAUAGGACCCAAUACAUAGACUCUAGCAAGCUUUCAGAUUUUGCAGCUGCCCUUGACCCUCCUCUGCUCAUGUUAAAACCAAAUAAAGGCCAGCUCAUUGCCAUGGAUCUUCCCAUGGCUGUUGGGGACCGAAUUCACUGUCUUGACAUCUUACUUGCUUUUACAAAGAGAGUUUUGGGUAAAGAUGAGAAGAUGGAGAAAGUCCUUUCAGAGAUAGAAACUGGAUUUAUGUUAGCAAACCCUUUUAAGAUCACAUAUGAGCCAAUUACUACUACCCUAAAACGAAGACAAGAGGCAGUAUCAGCCACCAUCAUUCAACGUGCUUAUAAAAGUUACCGUUUGAGGCAAAAUGAAAAAAAUGCAGCAAAUAUUCAUAUGAUAGAUGACGAUGUAGAUGUUAAAGGUACUAAAGAAGUUAUCCAUUUUGAUAAAGCAAAGGAAAAGUCAAUUAUUCAAAGCCAGAUCUAA